UCCUCGGCGCCGCGGACCCGGAAGCGCCGGUGGGUGCAGUCCUGCGCCGGCUGCCAGCCAUGGUUUUCCUCACGACGCGACUCUGGCUGCGGAACCGCGUCACCGACCGCUACUUUCGCGUCCAGGAGGUGCUGAAGCACGCGCGGCACUUUCGUGGGAGGAAGAACCGCUGCUACCGGCUGGCCGUCAGGGCGGUGACCAGAGCCUUCGUGAAGUGCACGCGAGCCCGCAGGCUGAAGAAGCGGAUCCUGCGGACCCUCUGGAUUAACCGAAUUACAGCUGCCUCCCAGGAACACGGUCUGAAGUACCCGGCAUUCAUUGUCAACUUAAUUAAGUGCCAGGUGGAGCUCAACAGGAAGGUACUUGCAGACCUGGCCAUCUAUGAACCGAAGACUUUCAAAUCUUUGGCUGCUUUGGCCCAAAGGAGGCGACAGGAAGGGUUUGCUGCUGCCUUGGGGGAUGGAAAGGAGCCUGAGGGCAUAUUUUCCAGAGUGGUGCACUACCACUGAGGGCAGCAGCACAGUGGAUCUGGACAAGGCUUUUUCCUUGGAGGAUCAUAGCUAAGAUAGGAGCUCCAGGAGUUAUGUGAUAACUGAGUGAAGUCUGAGUUUGAUUUGUCUUUUGUGUUCAUUGCCAUUUCAAUAAUAGGUCUUGCUUUCUCUGGGUGGGACAGAGUCACAGAAUGUCUUAUGUCGUAUGCAGAUCAUGUGCAUAAAGCUUUUGUAGUCUUUGA